CACGCCUCUCCUCUCCUCUUCUCUCCUCUCCUGUGUCGGAACGCAGCACAGAUCAUCAGUCGUAAGGACAGGCUGCCAUCUCUACACUGGCCAGAUGGAGUUUACUGGAGCUGAGGAGCUGACGAAUGAGGAGAAGGAAAUCAUCAACAGCGUGCUUGCCCGGGCUGAGCUAAUUGAGGCCAUGGAGCAGGAGCGGAUUGGGCGUUUGGUCAAUCGGCUGGACACGAUAAAGAGGACGGCGUGCGGUGACGGCUACUCGCAGUGCCUGCUCUGUGGCCAGCAGUUCGGCUUGAUGGGUGUCAGCAUGGUCAUGUGUGAUGAGUGCAAGAAGCACAUAUGCACCAAGUGUGGCGUUCGCAGUUACAGUCGCUCCUGCCCUGCAUGGCUGUGCAAGAUAUGCAGUGAACACAAGGAGAUGUUGAAGCAGUCUGGUGCCUGGUUCUUCAAGGGGUUGCCACAGCAGGUCUUGCCUGCACCUUUACCCGUUUCAAAGCCGAAACAGUUCAGCAUUGCCGAGACACCCGCUCCAUCUGAACCAUCAUCCCAACAGCGCACAACUGCUUAUUCAUAUGUCAACACACAGAACGGAGAAGAAAUGAAGCUUCCUGAGCAAGAAGUGCUGCCCGUCAGUGCUCAGAUCAUUCAGACUCAAACUCUGUCGGGUGCAGAGAGACAGUCUAAUCUGACAGCAUGGAAAAAAGAAGAAUCUGUCAAGAGCCCACUAAUGCAAAAAGGAUUCCCUCAGAUGGAGAGUAGGACAAUACCGACUAUGCAGCCUCCUGUUGCAAACAGCACCCACACUCCUGCCACAGCUGAGGAGGUAGACGACUACGACUCUGAUGAUGCCACCACACUGGGGAUGUUGGAGUUUAGUCUGCUCUAUGAGGAGGGAAACAACACUCUGCACUGCAAUAUCAUCAGAGCCAAGGGCCUCAAGCCAAUGGACUCGAAUGGCCUUGCUGAUCCAUAUGUCAAACUGCAUUUGCUUCCUGGUGCCAGCAAGUCUAGCAAGCUACGCACAAAGACUCUGCGCAACACGUUGAAUCCAGUUUGGAAUGAGACACUGGUCUAUCACGGCAUCACCAAUGAGGACAUGCAGAGAAAAACCCUCAGACUUUCUGUGAGCGAUGAAGACAAGUUUGGACAUAACGAGUUCAUUGGGGAAACCCGUGUGGUCCUGAAGAAGCUCAAAGUGAACCAGAAGAAGAACUUCAGUGUGUGUUUGGAGAGAGUUAUUCCGGUGAAGCGAACAGCUGCUGGAGGUACAGUACGUGGUAUGGCAUUGUAUGAGGAGGAGAUAAAUGAAGGUGACGAUGCAGAGGAGAGAGGACGUAUUCUGGUGUCUCUCACCUACAACAGCCAGCAGAGUCAACUCAUUGUGGGUAUUAUCCGCUGUGCUCAUCUGGCUCCCAUGGACGCCAAUGGCUACUCUGACCCUUAUGUCAAGAUUUCCCUGAAACCUGACAUGGGGAAGAAAGCGAAGAAUAAAACGCAGAUCAAGAAGAAGACCCUCAACCCUGAAUUUAAUGAGGAAUUCAGCUAUGAGAUCAAACACAGUGAACUAGCAAAGAAGACAUUGGAUAUCACCGUCUGGGACUAUGACAUGGGAAAAGCCAAUGAUUUCAUAGGAGGCUGCCAGCUUGGUAUCACAGCCAAAGGAGAAUGCCUGAAGCAUUGGUACGAGUGCCUGAAGAACAAAGAUAAGAAGAUCGAACGCUGGCAUGUGCUGUUCAGUCAAAACAACAUUGAGGCUGAUGACUGAAAUGCGCCGAUGUCUAUAUCCUAAUAGAUCUUACGUUGUGACUCUGUACGAUCCUGUCUUCCACCAUUCCUUUUCAUCCCUCUCUUAAAA